AUGAAAAAUGGGGUAAGAAAUUCACUUCUUGUAGCACCUAUGCCCACUGCUUCGACCAGCCAGAUUCUUGGGAAUAAUGAGUGCUUUGAGCCAUAUGCUUCCAAUAUCUACAGUCGCCGAGUUUUAAGUAGUGAGUUUGUUGUGGUGAACAAACAUCUUCUUCAUGAUUUGACUGAGAUGGGUCUUUGGUCGCCUGCUCUUAAGAACAAGAUAAUCUAUGAGGAUGGUUCUGUUCAGAAAAUCCUAGAGAUUCCCGAAGAACUUAAAGUUAUUUACAAGACUGUUUGGGAGAUCAAACAACGAGUAUUGGUUGACAUGGCUGUUGACCGUAGAUGCUUCAUAGACCAGAGUCAAAGCCUCAACAUUCACAUGGAUCAGCCUAAUUUUGGAAAGCUUACUUCUCUGCACUUCCAUGCCUGGUCAAGGGUAAGUAAUGCUGGUGUAGAUUAG